AUGGGACCAAUUGAUAUGGCGACGAGCGCCAUGAACCUGUCAUUGGUACCUGCCGUGGAAGACAUGAUUGCACGAACAACGGCAUGGCAGUCAAGCGCAGAUGGCCGAACGAAUCUGCUUGAAGCACUGCAGAGCUUGUUCAAAGCCUACGAUGUGCAAGACUCAGGAAACAUUUCCUGUAACGAUUUCGUCAAGUUGGAAAUACGAAACGGCCUGGAUCAGGGAGAUCCCCGCAGGAUCUUGCAAGCCUUUCCCAAGAUGUUGCGGGCUGAUUCUUCGGGAUCUGGAAUGAUGAAUUUUCUGGAAUUCUGCACUGCCCAGAUCACUUCGACUGAGGCAUCCGCAUCGCGGAAACUUCCGGCGAUUUCAGAGUUGCUUCGUGCAGCUAAACGCGAUUUAGCCAGCACGCUCUCCGAAAGGUGGCGAAUGGGCGCACAUUAUUCCGUAGAGAUCCGGCAGGAGCUUCGGGAGGUGUUUUCCAGUUGGAAGGUGGAUGGUGCCUUGUGCCUUUCUCCCUGCGACUGGGUGAUGGCGGCAAAAGUCGUAGAGGCAGAGUGUGACAACAUCUUAAGCGCAAAGUGGACGGGCGAAGCAUCUUUUGCGGAGGCAGAUCGGAAUCGUGAUGGGCUGGUUGACUUGGACGAGUUCAUUUCGUUUAGCUGUGGUGUGUUGGAAGAGUUCUACGAGCAAGACUUGUCCAGCGCACUGCAGAUGUUGAGAAGGGUGAAAUCACACCGUGACAGCCGCCCUCCCACCUUGAAUGUUAAGAUUGCUGUUUACAUGCCACAAGCCUUUGGAGUUUUCCAGCUCCCGGGCCAUGCCCAGCACAUGGAAUCUGCUUAUCGCCAUGCCCUGGAUUUGGAGCUGCCAAGCUCGAUAGCACGGCUUCCUGAUUUUCUGACGGUUCUACGCCUCAAGCUUGGUCUGCUCCAAAUGUGGUUCGCAGUAUUCUGGCAGUCGCCUGGUCGUGGCAUGGAGAAGACGUUGGAUCUUCUUUCGCCAGAGAACGGCACAAAGCUCCUCCAUGACAUGUUUGAAGCUGCUGCAAAAAAGACAGGUUUUGUGGCGCCCACGAUUUAUGUGACCAAUGUAAGGCCAAGAGCAUUUCAACUGCAGGACGUGCUCUGUCACGAGCUGGAAAUGAACAGCCUUCGAAUUCAGACGGGCACACGCUGGUGUGUGGAUUGGGAGCUGCAGCUGUUGGGAUCGGCCCGGAGUCGAUUCGUGAAGUGUCCCAGAGACUUUCGCAUAGCUCUAGGCGACAGCCUGGUCAUCAGCCUGCCUCCAGAAGAUUCAGGGAUUGUGGUCAAGGUCUACAUGGGAGAUGGUGGGGCGCUUUCUAAGCCAAGCCUUGAGCAAGUACAAGUCCAGAAGGGCAAGCGAGGCAAGCAGGUUAUUCAGGCUCUGGCGGGAUCUGCUUCAGAUGGCAAUGGAGGAGCUGGCAACGGUGGUGCUGGCAACGAACUACUCGUGCCAACUGCUCCGAGAGGGCCCAAGCCCGCCAAGAAGCGGCCGCAAAGUGGAGUCUCCCAACGCACCGCACGGCUUCCAGUUGACAGACGGCUUGUUUUCAUCGCGCAGAAGGAGGGUAGUUGCACGCUGUUUGUGGAACUCAGCUGGGAGCACCAGGAAGAGCUCUUGGCUCAGGGCAUCUUCCCGAUUCCUGCUGUGGAGGCUUCCGUGGGGAGGCUUGGGCCAUUGCAGAUCAUGGUCCAGAAGACCGCUCCGCCAGUGCCAGAACUGCAGAAGUCCAAGGGUGUGUUGUGGUGGACUGGAAGCAAGUGGGCUGCAAAGCAGAUGAAGUCGAAGCCGCAGCCGGAGUGUCGGCCGAAGACGCCCGCUGAGAUGCAGAACCAAUCCAGCUGGGCACGGGCUCCAUCGAAGAAACCGUGA